AUUGCACCAAUGGUCUUUAUUUCGUUACCUUCCACUUACGGCCACACUAGACCUAACUAAAUAAAAAUAUUAGUUUGUGACUCAGAAUUUCGGCUGUAUUAUUUUUCACAGCACUAAUUGCGAACCUUCUAAGCUGCAAAGUCGAUUUAAGCCCGGGAAAAAUCAGCCGGAGACAAAAUAGAGCACAAUUGGGCAGCAGCUGCGAACAACAGACACAAAGGCGUGUGCGAGUGACCCGUGUGUAUUUGUGUGGGCGCCGCAAACACAAAAACAACAGCCCAGCGAUGGUGGGAAUUAUCGAUGAGGCACAGCUGUUUUAUCCCCUCGGGACCCGCAUCAAGAUAGCCGAGAACUACGGCACAGUGCGUUAUGUGGGAGAGGUGAGCGGCCACAUGGGCACCUGGCUGGGCAUCGAGUGGGACGACGGGCUGCGGGGCAAGCACAACGGCAUCGUAGACGGCAAGCGCUACUUUCAGACGCAGACGCCCACGGGGGGCAGUUUCAUCCGACCGGGCAAGGUGGGGCCGUGCGCCACCCUGGAGGACGCUGCCCGGGAGAGGUACCUGAACUACGACUCGAGCAAUGUCGACGAGUCCCUCAUCCGGGAGGCCCAAGCUAGCCUGCAGGCCUCGCUCUUUGAGGUCGUGGGCAUGGACAAAAUCGCUCGAAAGCAGAGCAAGUUCGAGCAGCUGGCAGAGGUAAGCGUUGACCAGACCCCCGUAAACGCUGCCGGGUACCUGAAGGAGCUGACACAUCUGACCACGCUGAACGUGAGCCACACUUUGAUCUGGAACUGGGAGAUUGUGGCCAGCAUCGCACAGCAGCUGCCCUGCCUGAGUAGCCUGAACUUGAGCUCCAACCGACUGGUCCUGCCCAUGGUAUCCCAAAUCACUGAUCUGGAGCCCUCCUUUCGGCAGCUAAAGCGCAUCAACCUGCGCAACUGCGGCUUCUCGGAUUGGAAAGACGUGAUGCAGACGGCGCUUCUCUGGCCGAAUAUUGUGUCACUGGGUCUGCAGGAGAACUCUUUCGGUCAGCUUGUCGAGGUCGAUCGAAAGAAGAUCUUCAGGCAACUCCAGGAGCUCGACUUGCACCGAACGAACAUAAUGGAUUUUGACCAGGUGGCAAAGUUGGGCAACUUGACGACGUUGCGCGUGUUGAAUCUCAUGGAGAACGGCAUCGAGGAAAUAAAACUUCCCGAUUGUGAUCCGCAGGAAAAGCUUAAUUUGUUUGUCUCGCUGGAGCAGUUGAAUCUUCUUCACAAUCCCAUUUGGAAUGAGGCUGAUGCUUUUAACGAGCUGGACAAGCUACCGCAGCUAAGGCGCCUGAAUAAGACUCCGCAUCUGAAGUCAAAUUUCGAUGAAAUGGUCUCAAAGGCAGUGGCUAGCAUAGGCGGCCUGCAAUUUAUCAACAAGGCUGAGGUAACAGCGGAGGAGAGACGCGGGGCUGAGUACGACAUUUGGAAGAAGUAUGCCCUGGAGUGGAUGCAGGCGACGCACCAAGGAUCGGAUUCCUUGCGUGAGUUCUGCCGGAGACAUCGCACCUAUCCACUGCUAGUUAAAAAGUAUGGUACCCCGUUAGACUUUGUACCGCGUAACGAAGCGAAACAAUCGAACCUAAUUAACGUUUGCAUACGGCAUCAGAUUACGGGCGAGACUUGGGAGAAAAAGAUUCCACGAAUGAUUACUGUGCAGACUCUGCAGGGACUGGUUAUGAAGCGAUUUCGGCUUGGCGGCAACGUUCCCCAACUUUGCUAUGUUGAUGGCCAGCACCCGGACCUAAUUGUUCCGCUGGACAACAACGCAAAAACGCUGGACUUCUAUUCUGUACAGGAGCACGAUACCGUUUUGGUUCAAUAGCGUACCGCAAUUUAACAAGGCAAUCCAUCCCUUUUCCGUAUUCAGAUGUAUUCUAGUUUUAUGCAAUCGAAAAUCAAAAAUGUCGUGUUAUAUUGUUUUUUUGACCCCCCGCUAUGCAUUAAAUUUAUAAUGUUAUUUUUAGGUAUUGAUAAGUUAAAAUUUCCACUAAGCCACGCACGGAUAUUUAUAUUUGGUUUUGCUUUUCAAAAAAGAAAACACGUUACCUAACUAAUGAAAA